ACUGGGCCUCUAGUAUGUAUGUGUGUAUAUAUGUAGAGUCAUGAUUAUUAAAAUGUUGACUAAAAAAUUAUUCUUUCCCAUUCAAAAAUUCUAUAUUGUUGAUGUUGCUAAACUGAUUGAGAUUUAUUUGGAAAAUGAACGAACUAGAAUAACUAGCACAUUUUGAGAAAAACAAAACUGAAUGACUUAGAUUACCUAAUUUUAAGACUCAUUUUAAAGCUAUGCACUAUAGGAGUCUCUGAAGGAGAGAGAAAGGGACAGAGUACUUGAAGAAAUAAUGGCUGAAAACUUCUCAAAUCUGAUGAAAGUCAUGAAUAGAACAUCAAGGAGCUCAACAAAUUUCAAGUAGAUAAAUUCAGAGACCCACACUGAGAAACAAUAUAAUUAAAUUUUAUAAAAGACAGAAUCUUGACAGCAGCAAGCAAGAGAAAUGAAUUGUCACAUACAAGGGAUUCUCAAUAAAAUUAUCAGAUUUCUCAUCUGAAACCUUGAUCAGAAGCCAGUAGACUAAUUAAUAUAUUCAAAGUGCUAAAAGAAAACCAACAAGGAACCCUAUACAUAGCAAAACUGUUCUUCAAAACUCAGAGAGAAAUAAGACAUUCCCAAGUAAACCUGCACUGGAAGAAAUGCUUAAGGGACUCUGGCAGCGUGAAAUGAAUGGACACUAGACAGCAACUCCAAGCCAUCUGGGGAAAUUCAGAUCCCAAUAAAGGAAAUAAUGGGCAAUUACAAGAGCUAGGAUUAUUGUAACAGUGGUUUGUAACUAGAGUUGUUUUCCACAUUAUUUAAGAGGCACACAUUAAAAAAAUUAGUCCAUAAGUCAGUAUUGUAGCUGUGGUUUGUAACUCCACACAUUUUCCACAUAAUUUAAGAGACUAAGGCAUUUCAAAUAUGUGUGGGGGCACAUCAUGUAUGAAGGUGUAAUUUGGGGACUUCAACAAUGAAAAGACGUGGGAUGAGAGCUGUAAUGCAGUUCUUGUGUGUUACUGAAGUGAAGCUGGCAUAGACUCCAAAUACAGUGUUACAGUUUAAGGAUGUGAACUCCAUGGUACCUACAAAGAAAUCAGCUACCGGAUAUACACAAAAGGAAAUGAGAAAGUAAUGUAAAUGCUUCACUACAAAAAAACAAAACCACAACACAACUCCACACACACAACUAAACGUAAGACACUAAAUUGGGAAAUGAGAGACCAAAAAGCUCUCAUGCAUAUAGAAAACAAGCAAAAUGACAAAAAGUAAGUCUCUCCUUUUCAGUAAUUUUUAAGUGUAAAUUAACUGCUCUUCUAUUAAAACACAGAUAUUAGGAAACUCAGUAAAAACACCUGGUCAAACUAUAUGCUGUCUACAAGACUCUUAGAUCCCAAGACACAGAUAGAUUUAAAGUGAAAGGAUAGAGAAAAAAAAAUGUUACAUGCAGUUAGUAAGCAAAGAAAGCAGGGUGGCUUUACAGACAAAAUAGACUAAAUAAAAAAGGUUGCAACAGAAAAUAAAGACAAUAGGUAUUAAUAAAAGUUUCAAUAGAGCAAAUGGAACAGACCUUCAAAAUGUAUGAAGUCAAAAUGGAUAAAAUUGAAGGGAGAAAUAGAUAUUUCUAUAAUAAUAGUUGGAAACAUCAGUACCCCACUCACAUAAGGGAUAAAAUGAGAAAAUGAAGGAAAUGGAGGACUUAACAUAAUAAAUCAACGUACAUGCGCAGAACACCCUACCGAACAACAACACCAUACACAUUCUUGUCAAGUACACAUGGGACAUUUUCCAGGACAGACUAUAUAUCAAGCUACUAAUUAUUCAAAGUAUUUUUAAUGUAUUCAAAGAAUUUUCAGUGGAAUUAAGUUAGAAUUCAAUAACUAGGGAAGCUGGAAAAUUCACAUUCCCAUUGAAAUGAAUGCAUUCUUGAACAAUCAAUGCAUCAAAGAGGAAAUCACGCGGGAAAUUAGAAAAUAUUUAACUGAAAACAAAAAAUGUACCAACAAUGGUAUGAAUUGACAGUUAUAAUUACUUACAAAUAAUGAAGAUCUCAAGUCAAUAACCUAAUCUGCAAUUUAAGGAACUAGAAAAUGAAGAAGUAAGGAGACACAACCUUAGAAGAAGAAAGGAAAUGAUAAAGAUCAGGGUAGAGAUCAAUGAAACAGAAAGAAAAUAAUAGAGAUCAAUCAAACCAAAAGUUGACUGAAAGAAACAACAAAAUUAACAAACCUUUAGCUAGAUGGACAAAGAGAAAAAGACCCAAAUUACCAAAAUCAGGAAUGAAAGUGGGGACACUGCUGCAUAGUCUACAGAAAUGAAAAAGAAUUUUAAAGAGUACUAUGAAGUGUUCUACACCAACAAAUUAGAUACCUAGAUGAAAUGGACAUAUUCCUAGAAAUGCAUACCCUUGACUUCCUACAUCCUAAGAGAAAGCAAAUGUCAUAUAGAAUGUCUUCUGAAUCAAAGAGCAUAAGGGAACUUAAUGGUUGUAUCAGAAAGGAAUAGGUUAGUAACAAAAACAACAAAUCCUCCCUGGCUUAUAGUAACCACACGUAUGUGUUAAGUUCAUCAUUGGUCAACAAGGGCACUGACCCUACAUCUUAGCCACUUCACAGUUGGCCACAGAACUCCAUUUUGACACAAGAUUUAACAAAGAGGACAAAGAGGCCUCAAAGUCCAACAUAUUCCUCCUGCUUGCACUUCACUGCCAGAGCAAGUCACCUGGACACUCCCCAGCUCGACAGGACAGGAGUGUAUAAUUCCCCCGAGGGAAGGAGCACUGAGUAUGAACAAGAAAGCGUUCUGUGGGUGCAUAUGGAUCAAGUCCUAACAGGGGAGUUAAUUUUGUUCAGAGUGAAAAUUUGAAGGAACAAAAAAUAAGAGGCUAACCCUCAUUCUGCGAUCUUCUAAACAUAUUCCUGAAAGGUGAAAGUCGGGCAGGCGAAAUAGCCACCUCAGGCUGUGAAUAAAGAAAAAUGAAUUUAUUUAAGGAAAAAGGGAUGGGGGAUGGGACCAUUGAGAGGGAAGGGCUCCACAGCACUGAGCCAAAGGGUACUGGGUCCAUGAGGGCAGCAAAAAUAUACUUAGGACAGUGCAACAAGGAAGGGCUCAGAAGCAACAGAGCACUGAGGCGGGCUGCUGUGGCUCACUGGGCAGUCAGAGAAAAGGGGCCUUGGACGCGGGCUCAGGGGCUGAGCCCAGAUGAGCUGCCACUGCCCACUGCUCCCCUGGUUAGGAGAUACAUGCCUGUGGGGGAAGGAGAGGAGGAGGGAGUGGCACAGGCUUGCUCCUUUGUCCUCAGAGUCUCUCUCUCUUGCUGGUGGAAAUCUGAGGGGAGGUUCAGAGGAGGGCCUAAUAGAAUAUUCAUCAGCUUUCCAGGCAUGCUCUUUCAGGGCAUGGUCUCCCCUGAUUGGUCGGCACCAGGGCAGGGGUCAUUAGUCAUGUAGCUGUUCCUGGGGCAGCCACUGCAUUGCUUCCCUGGUUUUGCUGCUUUUCUGAGCCUGGAGCUGAAAUACAACUGAGGACUAGCCGCUGUCUCUAGGGAGGAGAGAGACUGAACGGAGGAUUUAUGGGAUUGCUGGCUUACAGAAGUUGAUGUGGAAUAUAAAUAGUGGCUGGAAAGAACCCUGACAACUUCAGAGCAAAAUGAAGUUCCUGCUGUUGCUCUCAGCCCUCGGGUUCUGCUGGGCUCAGUACGCCCCCAACACCAAGCCUGGGCGCACUUCCAUUGUCCACCUGUUUGAGUGGCGCUGGGCUGACAUCGCCCUGGAAUGUGAGCGGUACUUGGGUCCCAAAGGAUUCGGAGGGGUACAGAUCUCUCCACCCAAUGAAAAUGUUAUCAUUAAUAACCCUUCAAGACCUUGGUGGGAAAGAUACCAACCGAUUAGCUACAAGUUAUGUACAAGAUCAGGAAACGAAGAUGAAUUCAGAGACAUGGUGACCAGAUGUAACAACGUUGGUGUCCACAUUUACGUGGAUGCGGUGAUCAACCACAUGUGCGGCAACGGCGUGAGCCCGGGGACCAGCAGCACCUGUGGGAGUUUCUUCAACCCUGGAAGCCGGGACUUCCCCUCCGUCCCGUUCUCGGCCUGGGAUUUCAAUGAUGGUAAAUGUAGAACCGCAAGUGGGGACAUCGAGAACUACAAUGACGCUUACCAGGUCAGAGACUGUCGCCUGGUCGGUCUUCUUGACCUCGCCCUGGAGAAAGACUACGUGCGCUCCAAGGUCGCCGAGUACAUGAACCGCCUCAUUGACAUUGGGGUGGCCGGCUUCAGAAUCGACGCCUCCAAGCACAUGUGGCCCGGAGACAUGAAGGCGGUUCUGGAUAAACUGCAGCCUCUGAACACAACCUGGUUCCCUGAAGGAAGUAAACCUUUCAUUUACCAGGAGGUAAUCGAUCUGGGUGGUGAGCCCAUUAAGAGCAGUGACUACUUCGACAACGGCCGCGUGACAGAGUUCAAGUAUGGUGCCAAACUGGGCACAGUGCUGCGCAAGUGGCACGGGGAGAAGAUGGCCUAUCUGAGGAACUGGGGAGAAGGAUGGGGCUUCAUGCCUUCCGACAGAGCCCUCGUCUUUGUGGACAACCACGACAACCAGCGGGGACACGGCGCUGGAGGCUCAUCCAUCCUUACCUUCUGGGACGCCAGACUCUACAAAAUGGGAGUGGCAUUUAUGCUCGCCCAUCCAUAUGGGUUCACACGCGUCAUGUCAAGCUUCCGUUGGCCGAGGUAUUUUGUGAAUGGAAAAGAUAUUAAUGAUUGGGUUGGGCCACCAAAUAUUAAUGGAGUAAUUAAAGAAGUCACUAUUAACCCAGACACCACCUGCGGCAACGACUGGGUCUGUGAGCAUCGCUGGCGUCAAAUCAGGAACAUGGUCAUGUUCCGUAAUGUGGUUGACGGUGAACUUUUCACCAACUGGUGGGAUAAUGGCAGCAACCAAGUGGCUUUUGGAAGAGGAAGCAAAGGAUUCAUUAUCUUUAACAAUGAUGACUGGCCAUUGUCUUCCUAUUUGCAAACGGGUCUUCCUGCUGGCACCUACUGUGAUGUCAUUUCUGGAGAUAAAAUCGGUGACAAGUGUACAGGAAUCAAAAUCUACGUCUCUGCUGACGGCAAAGCUCACUUCUCUAUCAGUAACACUGCCGAAGAUCCAUUUAUUGCAAUCCAUGUGGAAUCUAAAUUAUAA